CAGAAAUAGAGGCCCAGGAUUUUCUAGCUCUGUCUGCAGAAGAAUGAAGCUACUUCUUGGGACCCUUUACCUUUUGGGGAUGCUGGUUCCUAGGGGGCUGGGAUAUGAUAGAUCCUUAGCACAACACAGAAAUCAGGUUGUGGACAAGACAGGGAGUCCUUGGAAGAACCUGGAGACCUAUUCCUACAACAAGUACCACCCCAUGGAGGAGAUCUAUCUGUGGAUGAGCCAGAUCAGUGAGAAGCAUGCAGAAGUGGUGACACAGCAUCUCCUGGGAAUGACAUUUGAGAAAAGGCCCAUGUAUUACCUGAAGAUCAGCCAACCAUCCGAUAACCCCAAGAAGAUCAUUUGGAUGGACUGUGGAAUUCAUGCCAGAGAAUGGAUUGCCCCUGCUUUUUGUCAGUGGUUUGUGAAAGAAAUUCUACAAAACUAUAAAGAUAAUCCAAGAAUAAACAGGUUCCUUAGGAAUCUGGACUUCUAUGUGCUUCCAGUUCUUAACAUAGAUGGCUACAUCUACUCGUGGACAACUGAUCGUCUUUGGAGGAAAUCCCGUUCAUCCCACAAUAAUGGCACAUGUUUUGGAUCGGAUCUCAAUCGAAAUUUCAAUGUGUCCUGGUGUAGUAUUGGUGCUUCCAAAAACUGCCAAGAUUUAACAUUCUGUGGGACAGAACCAGUGUCUGAACCAGAGACUAAAGCUGUCUCCAGUUUUGUAGAAAGCAAGAAGGAAGACAUUUUGUGCUUCUUGACCAUCCACUCUUACGGGCAGCUCAUCCUCACUCCGUAUGGCUACACCAAAAAUAAACCAAGUAACCACAAAGAACUGAUUCAAGUUGGACAGAAGGCAGCAAAUGCAUUGAAAGCAAAGCAUGGAACCAAUUAUAGAGUUGGAUCAAGUGCAGAUAUUUUAUAUCCCACAUCAGGGUCUUCAAGAGACUGGGCUCGAGACAUCGGGAUCCCCUACUCAUACACAUUUGAGCUGAGGGACAAUGGUACCGAGGGGUUUCUUCUGCAUGAAACUCAGAUCCAGCCCACCUGUGAGGAGGCCAUGGAGGCUGUGCUCUCGAUCCUGGAUGAUGUAUAUGCAAAAUACUGGCUCUCCAACACUGCUGCAAAGGUGACAUCUACCACUGUGUUGCUGAACCUGCUGUGGCUUUUCAUAUCUCUUCUCUAAGUGCGUCCUACUCAGGCCUGCUCAGCACCAGUG